GCCCUCUGUAGACCAUCUACAGUAUAUAAACAGCCUGUGUGUUUCGGAUGAGCACACUGUACUGCACAGCCAUCACAAUGCAACGUCUUCUCGUUCUCGCCUGCCUGAUGGCCGUGGUCGUCGCCGACAGCUACAAGACGCCCAUUCCGAUCCUGAAGGACGACCGCACACAGAACGCCUACGGCGAGUACACGUUCGACUUCGAGACUGGAAACGGCAUCGUCAGGAACGAGGCCGGAAAGCAGGCUGAUGGCCAGGAGUCCUCAGGAGGAUGGAGCUACACCGCUCCCGAAGGCGUCCCCAUCAAGCUGAGCUUCACCUCCGGCGUGGGCGGUUACCAGCCCGUUGGCGAUCACCUUCCCGUGGCACCCACGCCAGUGCCUCUUCCCUACGAACGCAACGACUACUGAACUUUCCUACUUCCCUAAUAUCGAUGCGAAUAUGAUUCAUAAUAAUAUAUCAAUUUUUUAUUUAUUGAACGAAGUUCGUUCACAUCAGAUUCGCUCAAUAAAAGGUUGACAUCAA